UGCAGAAGGAGCUGUUGCUGCCUGCUUGAGCCAUUGCUCACUCUCUUCUCGUGGCUGAGGAAAACCACAGCCUGCCAAGAUGUGCAAAGGACUAGCAGCGCUGCCCCACACGUGCCUGGAGAGGGCCAAGGAGAUCAAAACCAAGCUGGGCACACUGCUCCAGAAGCCCGACUCAGCCAUUGACUUCAUUAUCCUCCACCCAGAGAAGCCGGAGAAGCCUCCCAAGGCCCAGAAGCCAUCACUGGAGGAGGCUCUGCAGUGGCGAGACUCCCUGGAGAAGCUCCUGCAAAACCCCUACGGGCUCGCCAGCUUCCGCAGCUUCCUGCGCUCCGAGUUCAGUGAGGAGAAUGCUGAGUUUUGGGUGGCCUGUGAGGAGUACAAGAAAACCAAGUCACCUGAGAAGAUGGUGGAGAAGGCCAAAAAGAUCUACGAGGAGUUCAUUCAGACCGAGGCACCCAAAGAGGUGAACAUUGACCACUUCACCAAAGCCGUGACCAUGAAAAACCUGGUGGAGCCAUCGCUGAGCAGUUUUGACAUGGCCCAGAAGAGGAUCUUUGCCCUGAUGGAGAAAGACUCCCUGCCCAGAUUUGUGCGGUCGGAGUUUUAUCAGGAGUUAAUCAAGUAGCAACGCGGCAGGGCUGGGCGAGGCGCUCCCUGCGGGUGAUCCCACUGCUUCUGUCUAAACACCUGCCCCUUCUCCUGCAGCUGCUUUGCUUUCUUGAUACCACCCUAGAAGAGCACCCAGGGGCAUUGCUAAACAUCUCCCUCUGUGCUUUGGACUGUCAGAUAUCCUGGUGUUUCCUCUCUUACAGUCUCUUCCCUCUCACACACAAGACCAAUUAGCAGAAACCCCUGGUGGUCCUCCCUGGGUCUGGGACCCAGAAGGGCAGUGGAGCCUCAGCCCUGCAGUGGCCAGGAGUCCCUCAGGCAGCCAGUGUGUCCCUGACAUUGUGGGGCUCAGCUUUAGCUUGGCCCAGGCUUCCUGGGGCAGUGCUGGGGCUGCACAGGGCACCCUACGGGCACUGCCCUCCCCAGCCAAGCCCAGCAUUCCAGCAGCCCCAGUGUGCAGGUGGGCAUGUCCACUGUGGUGUCAGCAUCAGCUUGCCUCCAGAAGGCAGGCACAGUGAGAGAUGGAUGGCAGGGACAGUUGGAUGGCAGAGGUGGCUCUACAGCAGUGACAGCAGGGUUGGAGGCUGCAGGGUGCACCUGGCUGGCAGGAGGGGUGGGCAGCCCUGAGACAGCCUGUUUGCUUCACACUAAAAACAGUAAAGAGGAUCAAGCACGAUCUGCCUGUUCAAAACACCGGGACUGUUUAGCAACCCAGACUUCCCACUCACUCCGACCCCUUGCACGAUGCCAUGAGCUCACAGCCCCAGCCUGUGCCCACGCCCCCCGUGCAGCCCCCGCAGCCCUGCAGCCUGGCCACCCCUCAGAUCCCAGCUGCAGUGGUCACAGCAGCUGUUCCCUGCUCCAGUUGCUUCUCUCUGCAGUAGGCACACCAAAGUGAUACUUCUGCACAAACCCAAUUGAGGGGCAUCGAUUAGAGGAGGGAGGAAAAAAUCAUGCUGGGGGAGAAAAAGCUGCUAAUUGCAACUGUUCAGAUCCAAUUAAAAAAACAAACAAACAAACCAAAACCAACAACAAAACACCAACAAACCCAAAACACUAUUGGAAAAUAAAAAAUAAACCCCUGCCUGCUUGAAGAGAUGGCAAACUGCUGAGUUUGUGUAGGCUACAUCUCUCUCUCCUGUCUCCUCCCCUCUGCCUAGGACAUGUGUUUCCAUAAGGCUGUCUCUUAAAAAGUCCAACUCUUUUCAAAUGAACCUAAGCCAGCCCACUGUUCCCUAGCAGAAGAAAUCACACCUGAGGAUGGGACAAGGGCAAAUGUGAAAGGCAGCCAGGGUCUCAAGUCAGCCUCGAGGCAACUGCGAUGAACACCUGCUCUGUUUCAUCCCUGGGGUGGUUUCCUGGAGCAGCACCCACAGACCUGUGUCUUCAACAUGCUGCGGGAAUGGAUUUGCCCAGCCAGCAACCCAGCAGAUGUGGGUGAAAUGACAAGUGACUGUUCUCCCAGCAGGCAUCUUGGGCCAGCCACGCUCCUUCAGGCUGCUCAACCUCAGCUGCAAGUCAUGAGAUUCCAUGCAAAACACAGUAACAUAAACAACGGGUUUGCCAGCCUCUUAAAGACUUUCAAAACCUGAUCAAAACCUCACCAGCCCCAAAUAUUUACAUGGUGUCACUAUGGUGAUGAAGAAAAAUACAUCCCAAUCUGUAGGAAGUGGGCUGCAUUCUCCAGGCAGGGAUGGGGAGACAGGGGAAGGAUGGAGGUCAUCACAAACGUGACUUUUUUUUCUUUUCCUGUGGAGCAAAUGGCCUGAGAAGGUCGGUGCUGGAGCAGCAGUGGGUGAUGUUUGCUGGGCAUUCUCCCUGGGUGAGCACAGCCGGUGGCUUCGGUGUCCCUGAAAAGCUGUUAGGGAGCCCACGAGCCUUAGGGAGGAGAGUCCUGUUGAAAGGGGGCAGGAUCCCCCAGCAGCACCCGCUGCCCAAAGCUGAUGGGCAACACAAGGGAGGCAGGAGCAGGGCUGGGCAUGGGAGGGGGGCUUGGCCAUCCCUUCUGCCACAGGGGGCUCCCACCGCCUCAGCCCCCACGUGCUCCGGGCUUCCCCCUGGUGUCUCCAUGAACUGGUGUCAGAACAAGUGGGUUCAGCAUGUUCAAGCUCCCUAUUUGGAGUGUGACUCAUAGAAAUGCAAAAUGAAAGAGGCUUCCCUUCAGAAAGACCCAGAUCUUUCAUUUUUACUUAAUCCUUUGGCAGCUGUUUCCAGAUACCCUCUCACAUUUCACAGUUAAAGCCAAACAUGGAUGCCAUAGAAGUCUGGAUGCUGCUGGAACCUGAGAUGUCAUGAGCUGCAACAGCAACAUGUGGGACAGGGAGAAGGUGUCUGGGUAUGUAUGUGCUUAAAAGAAAGGCGGAGGCUGGAUUCAGGAGAGAUGAAACAGCUCUAUUGGAAAUCCCUCCCCAGCUUGAUUUCUGCUAAAAUGUUGGAAGCCUACUUCAGGGGGUGAUGGAACAGGUGACAGUGAGCUACUGGGUGGCGAUAAAAUGUGGCCCCUGAAGCAUUCUGGAGCUCUUGGGAAGUGUGUUUGUGUAGAAGGGUCAUUUGGCUAAUUAGUCGGGCAGGCUCACCCCAGAAAGGCAGCAAUGCCUGUACCCACCCCAAGGCCAAGAGAUAUUUACUGUCAGGCUGAUACCAACCAUCAUAUUUCUGGUACGAAAUACUUCAUUUAUUUUAUCACUUUUGCUCUCAUGAAAUUUGGCAUAGGUAUGAGCACUAUACACACAACAAUGUACAUCUGUAUCCCUAUGGUCAUAUAUAAGUAUAUACACACACACACACAUAUAUAUGUAGUUGUAACGUGAGCAUCUAGAUCCUCAGUGGGUCAGAGAGUCACAAAGCAGAGUUUCUGGAUGUUGUGCUUGGGGUCCUUCACAGAGAUGCACGUGUGUGGGUUUAGUGCAGUCCCAGAUCCUGCUGAGGGAAUCCUUGGCCAUCCACCAGAGUGAACAUGAAGGUGCAGCUUCCAAAACAGCCUCUGAAAUCACCUUGUGCUCAUGGCUGCUGAGUGCCUGCAGCCCCAGCGUGUCCUAGCACCUGAGCCAGCACAGGGGGCAGCUCUCAUGGUCUCCAAGGGACCCCAAUCCCUGCCGUGGGGCAAGGCAACCCCAUGCUGCAGUGAGGGUCCCUGGGCACCAGGCGCUGCCCCCGUGCCUCCCUGGUGCCCACUCACCACCACGGGACACACAGAAGAGGGCUCCUUGCAGCUGCAUCAUUCAGACUAAUGCCAGAGGAUAAUUUUCUGGUGUUUUCUGGUUACUUCAGUGACCUGGACCCUAGCACUUCACCAGCUGUGGUGUGAAUCACACAGCUCUCCCCCCCAUGCCAAGGGAGGGCUCUGCCACUGCUGCCCUGGGAACUGCCAAAGCCUGUGAGUCAGUGGCAGGAGUUGCCCCCUGCCCACAUGGGGAUGAAGGUGUCUCAGGACUCUCACCCAGACUCCUCCCAGUUCUUGGUCACUCCCUGGAGGGUGCCAAAUGCUGUGGCCAAGGUCUUAAGCAAGGUUGGGAGAGGGGAUUGGCUCUUCACACCAGCAAGCAGCAGGUUUUCUGUCUGAUGUUCUCCAUGUGUUUUCCAGUAGAGACCUUCAUGCAGGGCUGUGGUGUGCACCGAGGAACUGGUUGUGUCAACUCAUAUUUAUGUACCACUCAGUAAUCCACACAUAAACAUGUAUUUCUGCUACCA